AUGGGAAAGGUUCACGGAUCGCUUGCGCGUGCCGGUAAGGUCAAGUCGCAGACCCCCAAGGUCGAGCCCCAGGAGAAGAAGAAGAAGGUCACGGGCCGUGCCAAGAAGCGCCACCUCUACAACUCGCGCUUCGUCAACGUCACCGUCCAGCCCGGCGGCAAGGUGCAACGAAACAAGCAACCUGCCGGAAAGUCUGGCUAA